GCAUCAGCGAGGAGCCGCAAAGUUUGUGCUGUUCCAAGUGACGCAGAAAUUCUCAGAGAGCUCUUUGGCGGCGGCGGUAUCUAGAGAUCAGACCAUGUGAGGGGCCGAGAGUACAAAUACGCCGCCCGGCGCCAGCGCGGGCAUAGGCAGCGGCCACCCGGGAGCCUCGAGGGCGCGAGGGCCGGCCCCUCCAACCCCUCGCCAGCCCGGACCAGCCUCUCCCCGACCCGCCCCGGCAGAGCUCUCCAUCCCCUUCAAUAGAAAACACUGAGGGAAAGCCACAAAUACAGGCACCAAAAACUCAGUCCCAGUCCGUAACCGAUGGACGUCAGUGCCCUCAACUGACUAACAGGAUGGAGACUUCGCCCCUAAAUUCUCAGAAGGAACUGUCAGUGUAUAAGGAUGAAGACUGUCAGGAAAACGGAGUUCUCCGAAAGGGUGUUUCUGAACCUGGGGAGAAGGCCGAGUCCAGUCAAAUCUCCAAUGGGUACUCAGCAGUUGCCAACCCUGGGACAGCAGACACCGAGCACUCCACCCCAGCUGCCACCACUACCACUGCACUAGUGGCUGAGGCUCAUCAGGGGGAACGGGAGACCUGGGGCAAGAAGGUGGAUUUCCUCCUCUCGGUCAUUGGCUACGCGGUGGACCUAGGCAACGUCUGGCGUUUUCCCUACAUAUGUUACCAGAAUGGAGGGGGGGCAUUCCUCCUCCCCUACACCAUCAUGGCCAUCUUCGGGGGAAUCCCCCUCUUCUACAUGGAGCUUGUACUGGGCCAGUACCACCGAACCGGGUGCAUCUCAAUCUGGAGGAAAAUCUGCCCAAUUUUCAAAGGGAUUGGUUAUGCCAUCUGCAUCAUUGCCUUUUACAUCGCCUCCUACUACAACACCAUCAUGGCCUGGGCACUCUACUACCUCAUCUCCUCCUUCACGGGCCGGCUGCCCUGGACCAGCUGUGAAAACUCCUGGAACACCGGCAACUGCACCAACUACCUCUCUGAGGACAACGUCACCUGGACGCUCCACUCCACAUCCCCAGCUGAAGAAUUUUACAAGCGUCAUGUCCUACAGAUCCACCGGUCUGAGGGCCUCCAUGAUCUGGGGGGCAUCAGCUGGCAGCUGGCCCUCUGCAUCAUGCUGAUAUUCACUAUUAUCUACUUCAGCAUCUGGAAAGGGGUCAAAACAUCUGGCAAGGUGGUAUGGGUGACGGCUACCUUCCCUUAUAUCAUCCUUUCUAUCCUGCUGGUGAGGGGAGCCACGCUCCCUGGCGCUUGGAGGGGUGUCCUCUUCUACUUGAAACCCAACUGGCAGAAACUUCUGGAGACAGGGGUGUGGGUAGAUGCUGCGGCUCAGAUCUUCUUUUCCCUUGGUCCAGGCUUUGGGGUCCUGAUGGCUUUUGCAAGUUACAACAAGUUCAGCAACAAUUGUUACCAGGAUGCCCUGGUGACCAGUACGGUGAACUGCAUGACAAGCUUCAUGUCAGGAUUUGUCAUCUUCACGGUGCUGGGGUACAUGGCUGAGAUGAGGAAUGAAGACGUGUCAGAGGUGGCCAAAGAUGCAGGCCCCAGCCUCCUCUUCAUCACAUAUGCGGAAGCCAUUGCCAACAUGCCAGCCUCCACGUUCUUCUCCAUCAUCUUCUUCCUGAUGUUAAUCACGCUGGGCUUGGACAGCACGUUUGCAGGCUUGGAGGGGGUCAUCACUGCCGUACUGGAUGAGUUCCCACACAUCUGGUCUAAGCGCCGGGAGUGGUUUGUACUUGGUGUGGUCACUACCUGCUUCUUUGGAUCCCUGUCCACUCUGACUUUUGGUGGGGCCUACGUGGUGAAGCUACUGGAGGAGUAUGCCACGGGGCCUGCAGUGCUCACUGUUGUGCUUAUAGAAGCAAUUGCUGUGUACUGGUUCUAUGGCAUCAAUCAGUUCUGCAGUGAUGUGAAGGAAAUGCUUGGUUUCAGCCCAGGAUGGUUUUGGAGGAUCUGCUGGGUAGCCAUCAGCCCCCUGUUUCUCCUGUUCAUCAUUUGCAGCUUUUUGAUGAGUCCACCACAGCUUCGACUUUUCCAGUACACUUAUCCCCACUGGAGCAUCAUCCUAGGUUACUGCAUAGGAACCUCAUCUUUCAUCUGCAUCCCCACAUACAUCGUCUAUCGACUGAUCACCACCCCAGGGACACUUAAGGAGCGUAUUAUCAAAAGUAUUACUCCGGAAACAUCAACAGAAAUUCCCUGUGGGGACAUGCGCCUGAACGCUGUGUGAAAUGUUUUCCCCCAGAAAGAAAUGGCUUCCCAAACACAGUCUUCUUCUGGUUCUGAGAAGUUACACCUCACCUUCUCCCCUCUAAAUUAAUGAGUUUCCAGCUAAGCCUGACAAUGAAAGAAACUUCUUCAUAAGAGACACAAUCCUGAAAGACUAUGAGGCCCAGAUUCCUGUGGCCUCCUGCCAUUUUCUGUGAAAUCUCCAGGACAUGUUACCAUGUUAGACUCUGUGAUGAAGCUGGACUGGCCCAUUUUGGAUGUGUAAGGCUGUGUAAGGGAUAGUGAAUACCGCCAUAUAAUCAGAAUUAGGUUUAGAAUCAAGUCUGUGAAAAGUCUCCUGUAUCAUUUCUUGUAAUGAUCAUUGGUAUUUGACAUCUGUUUGCUUCUCAAGCAUUAACUGUUCAUGAAUGCAUGGAUCAUGUAGGAGAAAACAGGGAUGCUUCUCACUAGCCAUAUAUUUUUUGAAUAGCAUAGAAUUCUAUAGCUGGAAUCUACUAUAACCCUCGACUCUGUGUGCUGCUGUGGAAUCAGGAGAGAAAGAAGAUAAAUAAUGUGUACAUGUGAA